AUACAGGAAUGUGGGUUCCGUUAUUCCAGCCUAAGACCACACACACGUGGGCGGAUGCCUUUGAUCCAGCCAGCCUUCCCCUUGCUUGACUCGACUCGUGUUCUUUCCCGGAUCCUACUUGCCAGUAAUAACUACAUGCUUGCUGCAUUGCAUGCGAAGCUACAUCAAGCUACCAAGAGCUUUCAGAAAUUCUCCUCAGAUUAUAAUUACCAGCAGCAGUAGUACAGUAGCAUUACUACAAGGAGCAGCGUCCGACGCUGAGUCGGAUCGCCAUCAUGCUGACUGUCGCGCCGUUCGUCACGUCGCUGGUAACAUCGGCGCUCAUCUUCCUCGUCCUCCUCAACCUCUUCGCCAUCCUCGUCCGCCGCCCCGCCAACUUCGCCAUCUACUUCCCCAAGCGCAUCCUGCGCGGCCAUGGGCCCCCGCCCCUCUCCGAGAUCAGCGCGUUAGAGUGGCUCAGGCGCGUGCUCCGAUGCACGGAGCAGGACGUGGUUGCGUCAGCGGGGCUCGACGCGGCGGUUUAUCUUCGCAUACAGCACAUGUGCCUGCUAAUCGUGCUGUGGCACGCCGCGUACUGCCUUCCCGUGCUCAUACCGCUGUGCGCCACUGGGGGGUUUUACUCCUCUUUCAAUGCGCAGCGGCCGCCGGGGGAGCAGAUCCAGUACUCCGCGCUCGACGCCAUCGCCAUGGGGAAUGUACCCCCUAAUGACUCUCGCCUGUGGGCCUUCUUCGUGGGCGCCUACUGGUCGGCGCUGGGCACACUGGUCAUCCUGCACCGCACGUACCGCCACGUCAGCUGGCUGCGCGCCAAGCAGAGGGAGGAGGACCCGGAGGUGCGGGUGGAGGAGUACGCAGUGCUGCUGCGCAACAUCCCCCCGCAUUGCUGCCGACCCAAGAGUACCGCAUUGACUGGCGCUGCUGGUGCGGGUGGUGCGGGUGGUGCUGCUGGCGGUGCGGUGGCUAGUAGCAGCGCUUCCCCUGGCAGCAGCAGCAGACCUGCUGCUGUGUCUGCGCCGCUGCUGUCGCCGCAGCCAGGUGCUGAGGCGGGGCCGCGCACUGCGCUGCAAGAGCUGAACACGGCGCGGCGGCAGCUGCUGCGCGCCAAGGCCAAUCGUGGUGCUGCUGCUGGUGCUUCUGCUGUUGCCGGUGGGGCUGCUCGUGGUGGUGCUGGUGGUGCUGCUGGUGGCGUAGUGGGGAGGUCAGUACCAUCCUGGCAGAAGCGGCUGAGGAGAGGGAAAAAGGCAGUGACAGCAGCGGCUGGGAUGACAGUCCCAGUGGUGGGCGGGGUGGCACGGGGGGUGGAGAAGAUGGUGAUGACGUCAGCGGGCAUUGUGGUGUUUGGUGACCGGGUGAUGGCGGCAGUGGCGGCCCAGACGCUCCAUGCUGACAACGCCAUGCUGUGGCAGACGGAGCAGGCCCCAGAGCCCAACGACGUGCUGUGGGACAGCAUCAGCAUCUCGAGCGUGUCGUGCGCCAUCAGGAGUGCGGCGGUCUACGUCCUCGUCUUCCUCACCAUCUGCUUCUACAUGAUCCCCAUCAGCUUCGUGUCGAGCCUCACCACGCUGCAAAACCUGGAGAAGUCGCUGCCAUUCCUCAAGCCCAUCAUUGAACAGCCUGUCCUCCGCACGUUCAUUGAGGCCUUCCUCCCGCAGCUCGCGCUCAUCCUCUUCCUCGCGCUCCUCCCCAACCUGCUCCUCCUCCUCUCGCUCUUUGAGGGCCUUUCCUCACGCUCGCACGCCAUCCGAGCCGCCUCCGGAAAAUACUUCUAUUUCACCGUCCUGAACGUGUUCAUCGGCACCACGCUCACAUCCGGGCUCUUUCAGGCGAUCAAGCAGAUCGUGGACCAUCCGACGGCUGUGGUUGACCUGCUGGGGUCGUCCCUCCCACAGGCCGCCACUUUCUUUAUCUCCUACAUCUCUCUGAAGUUUCUGGUCGGAGCGGGGUUAGAGCUCACCCGCCUCGUCCCUCUCGUACUGUUCCAUGCUAAUCGGUGGCUGCUAUGCCGCACGCAGCCGGACUUGCGCGACGCGUGGAAGCCCGGGGAGCCGGAUUAUGUGAGCUUGCUCCCCGGGGAUCUCCUAGUGGCCACACUUGCGCUCUGCUACGCGGUGAUUUCUCCGCUCAUCCUCCCCUUUGCAGCGGCGUAUUUCCUCACGCAGUGGUUGAUAAUGAAGAAUCAGCUCAUGCAGGUGUACGUGAAUGAGUUCGAGAGCCGGGGGCGGAUCUUCCCGCAUGCCUUAGCCCGCAUUCUCGCCGCGCUCGUCCUCUCCCAGCUCACCUUAAUUGGUUACUUCGGAGUUAAGCAGUUCCGCGCAACUCCCUUGCUCAUUCCUCUCCUCUUCAUCUCUCUAAUCCACGCUGUCUACAUGCACCGCCGCUUCCACCCGUCCUUCGCCCGCCCCUCGCUGCAGCAGGCGAGCCGGCUCGGCGCGCCGCCGGUGCCGCCUCCCCCAGAAGAGGACAAGAUCAGGGAGGCUUAUCUGCCGGAGGAGAUGCGGAGCGUGCAGGGGCAGCGGGAGUGGGAGGAGGAGGUGUGCCGGGUGCUGCCUGGGGAGCCAAUUCUGGAGCAGGGGAGGCUGCCACGUGGGAAGAAGGGAUUGGGCAAGGAGGAGGAGGAUUUGUGCUAAGGGAAGGAAAAAACGAGAUGAUCUUGG